AUGCUCGAUACAAGCUUAUCACAACGAUGUAUUCUUGCAAUUGGAAAUACGGGAAAUGGGAAAAGUUUUACAGCAACCAUUUUUGGGGCUCAAAAUGUGAAAAUUGGACAUACUUCCAAAUCUGAAACUCAUACAAUUACGAUUUAUCCUAUUAAUGGAGGAUUCUACAUUGAUACGCCAGGGUUCGAUGAUUCUGACGAAAAAAAGAGUGAUGAUGAUAAUAAGCGUUCGAUUUUUCUUAAUAUGUUGGAAUUGAACAUUCAGAAUAUAACAACAGUAUUGUGGUUCGUGGAAUCUGACAUCAGAGCAAAAGCCUCGUACGAACGUCAAGCAAGAUUUAUUGAAUCUUUGGCACAAUAUGAUACCGGAAAUGUAUGGGAUAAUACCAUCCUCGUCAUUAAAGGUACCUCUGACGCAAAUAGUCAAGGCCCUCGUGAUGCUGCCAGAGAAAUAGCCCAAGAAGUACAUCACACCAAUGAUGACUUGACUUCAAAUAUUGGCGAAUUUAAGAUUUUUUUGUUCGAAAGGCUCCUACCUGAAAGUAUUUAUGUUAAGGUGAGAUUCUCAAGCGAUCAAAUAAACGAGUAUGGUGUUUUUAAAGAAUCGGAACCAGAACGAAUCCUCGCAAGGUAUGAAUCAUUAAUGAAGGGACAUCAUGAGAAUCCGAUACGUAUCAACCUUAGAAAAGUCAAGUGUUCUAAAUGUCCCGAAGAAACAGAUCCAAGAUUAGCACUUCCUGAAUGUCAUUCGGAAAUGGAGUCUUUUCACCCAAAUACGGAAAAUAUUCAUCAAGGAAAUGUUAUAGAUAUACAUUCAUCAUCUUCUGAUUUUUAUAAACAUUCUGACACCUACGUUGAAGCCAAAGAAAAACAUGUGUUUGAUGAUAGUCCUCAAGCUUGGACGGUUCGUGUUUUUACCUUUGGAGGAAUUAAUCCUACUAGGCCUCGGUUAGAAUUCGGAUAUUGGAAGUGCUGUAAUAAUCGAAAUGUCAAUUCACGUGGAUGCAAGCAAGCUUAUCGGUGCUGCGAAAAAGAUAUUCAAUCUCCUGGAUGUCAAAAGAUUUAUGAGGGGUGUAGACACAAGCACCAUGAAGCGCCUUGUCUUGAAAUUUGUAGAUUCUGUAUGAAAAGGUCAGAUACGGAAGGUUGCCAAAAGAGAUGCAAGAAUUGCAAAAAAGAUCCACUUAAUGAAAAAGGUUGUAGCAAAGAAACAAACCAUAAUUUCAUCAAUUGA